AUCUAAUCUUGCACCUUUUCUCCUCGCUCGCUCCUUCAUUACAGAUUCUCUCUUUUACUCUCUUUAAUUAAUCUCCUUUGGACUCCUUCGCAUGCCCCCAUUCGUCCCUCGCAAGCGUCUCUCCUCUGCGGAACCGCCUAGUGCUAAACGUCACAAUGCGACAGCUAUUCCCAGUGUCGACAUCGCUGCCCUCGAUGACGAAUCUGAUUCCCCAUUAAGUGAUGUUCCUAGCGAAAGCACACCUCAGGCUCAGGAAACCAAGGAUGAGGCCGGCGACGAAUCAGGAUCAGAUGAUGAUGAGGUGGAUUGGGAGGAUGCAAUGGAAUCGAAGGCUACCAGCGCCACAGCGAUCACUCCUUCGAUGACACCCGCCCACGUCCAAGAUCUUGAGUUGACUCUCGACCAAAAUGAGGUACACCUGUCUGAUAUUAUUGAUGGAAAGAAAGCUCCGUCUAAAAUCGAACGCCAAAUUCGGAUUCAUAGCCACUGCCUCCAUGUCCAGUUUUUACUCUACCACAACGCUCUUCGGAAUGCCUGGGCGAACGAUUCCCAGGUCCAUGAGACAUUACGCCGCAAGCUACCGGAUGCCCUUCAUAAAGAGGUUAAAAAAUGGAAGGUCUCUUCUGGUCUUGAGCUUCCCGAAAAGGCUCCGGAAGACACUACCAAGGAGAAGAAGAAGAAGGGUAAACAACGUCGCAAACCAGAAAGGGACUGGGGCGAGGGUUCGUCGCGGAUGGAACCUGGUCAGCCGGAUAUGAGUCGAGGAGAUCCGAUUAUCACGUUGCUCAAGGUUUUGGCCGCGUUUUGGAAGAAGCAGUUUAAGAUCACUGCACCCGGGCUACGAAAGCAUGGAUAUCGGCCCAUGUCCCACCUAGAGGCCCAGAUCUCAGCUUUUAACAAGGAGGAGCAUGAUCCUGAAAGAUUUGGGGAGAGAGUGUGUGGCGUGGACGAGUUUCGACAGGCUGCAGAGCGUAUGGAAGGGUCUCGCGACUUGGGUGCCCAGCUGUUCACGGCGCUGCUCCGCGCUCUCGCAAUUGAAGCUCGACUCGUUGCCAGUCUUCAGCCUUUAGGGUUCGGUUGGACCAAGGCGGAGACAUCCACGCAGAAAGCCAAAGUUGAGGCAGAAGUCCAAACCGAGACCGGGGAAGCGGAGGAUGCUAUGGACGUAGAUUCAGAAGACAGUGACUCGGACCAAGACACUCUCAAGCGUCCAAACAAUCUUAAGAAAUAUGACAAGGAUCUCCCGUUUCCGAUCUAUUGGACAGAAGUUGUGUCUCCUAUUACCCACCAGAUCAUCCCCGUCGACCCGUUGGUGCUCCCGAAUGCUGUGGCGACAACACCAGAACUCCAGGUUGCAUUUGAGCCCCGAGGGGCCAAGGCUGAAAGAGCCAAACAAGUGAUAUGCUAUGUGGUAGCUUUCUCGUCCGACAAAACCGCAAAAGAUGUCACCACAAGGUAUCUCCGUCGGCGCACCUGGCCUGGCAAGACGAAGGGCUAUCGAAUGCCAGUCGAGAAGAUCCCCGUGCCGGGUCGCAGGGGAAAGUUUUACGAGUACAACUGGUUCCGUGUUAUCCUGCGAAUCUAUGAGCGUCCAGCAAAAGACCGGACGGCGGUCGAUGACUACGAGGAGAAUGACUUAGUACCGAAUCAACCGGAGAAAAAGGCUGUCAAGGAACGUGACACACUACAAAGCCUCCGGGCUUCAACCGAGUUUGUUCUGGAACGGUUCCUCCGCCGAGAAGAAGCCCUAAAACCAGGAUCGCAGCAUGUCCGCACUUUCGUAACAGGAAAAGGAAACAAAGCCAAAGAAGAGAAGGUCUACCGGCGAUCAGAUGUCCUUAAAUGCCUGUCCGCCGAAAGCUGGCACAAGGAAGGCCGACAGAUCAAGAAGGGCGAAGCACCACUGAAACGUGUACCCAUCCGCGCAGUAACCCUCCUCCGCAAACGCGAAGUCGACGAGCUGGAGCGAGAAACGGGCGAGAAGCCCAAACAGGGCCUCUACGCCAAAUACCAAACCGAAUACAUCAUCCCGCCACCCAUCCACAACGGCGUCAUACCCAAAAACGACUACGGCAACAUCGAUUGCUUUGUCCCGAGCAUGGUCCCCCGAGGUGCCGCGCACAUCCCCUACCCCGGCACCGUGCGUAUUUGCAAAAAGCUAGGCAUCGACUACGCCGAAGCCGUCACCGGGUUCGAAUUCGGCUCCAAAAUGGCCGUCCCCGUCAUCGAAGGCGUCGUCGUAGCAGCCGAAAAUGAAGACUUGGUCAAGGACGCCUGGCGCGCCGACGCUGCAGAAAAGAGAGAAAAAGAGCGCCGCAAAGCCGAGGCUCGGAUUCUCCAAACCUGGCGGAAAUUUCUCUUCGGCUUGCGUAUCGCUGAGCGUGUCCGUGAGGAAUACGGUCAAUCAUCCCUUGACCACGAACGUGACGUGCAUAACCCAUUCACAAGCCGUAGAUCGGGACAACAGCAGGCCUGUCCUCCUGUUCCUGAACCGUAUGUCCAUGAACCGUCGGAGGAUGAAGACCCUGUUGACCGUGGCGGAGGGUUCCUCCUCCCUGGCGAACACGACGGAGACGAUGGAGGUCUGAUUGUCGAGAGUCAUCAGCCUUCUCGGUCUGUUCCUAGGCCUGUUAAUGAACCAGAUGAGCAGGAAAUUGUGGGGGAAGAAAUUCCGGAUAUGAGUUCUGUUCAGGAACUUUCUUCUCCGCCGCAGGUAUCGGCGUCUGACGAGCAGGUUUCUGAUUCUGAGCCUGAGUAUGCACCUCCGACGACGCGUAGACGUACUCGGAAUGUGACGCGGAAGGGUCAAUAAUUCUGGUUUUGAUUUUCCAUGCAUUGCAUCAUAUAUGUAUCUUGAUGCUGUCUCAGCAAACAAACUUGUAGCUAUGUAAUACCGACGUUAUGGUAGAACAGGGACGGAAAUGGAUUCGAGGUAGGGG